CUGCCUUCAAGACUAACCACUGCAGUAAUACAUUGUGUGUCAGCAUCUUCAGGAGUACUAUAAUGGAGCCUGCCAGCCAAUCAGAAGACAAAGAGGAAAUGAAGAUUCAUGUUCCCACAUAUGCCCUUCCCUUGGAAAUACAGCAGAUGGAGCGCAGUGAGACGGAGUGCCAGUACUGCGGCGUGAGCUACCUGAUCCUGCACGAGUUCCAGCGGCUGCAGCAGAGGCUGGCCGAGGCCGAGCGAAGCCUGGACGAGCUGAGGGGCGCCGCGGAGCGCGAGAGUAGGCUGAGGACCGAGCUGGAGGAGGCCACCGCCACACACAGCCUGCUGCAGGACAGGGAGAGGAUUCUGGGCCAACAGCUGGCUGAGGUGACGCAAGCACUGGAGCUGGUGAGAGGUGAGCGGGAUCUCCACCAUAGACAGCUGGACCACGAGCAGGCCCAACGACGGACACUCAGUAUGAGGUGCAAGCGUCAGCAGCAGGCUCUGCUGAGGUCAGGCUGUGUGCUGCGUUCGUCUCAUCAAGAGUUGCAGACCUUACGGACUCACCUCAGCCACCUCAAAGCAUUCUGGGAAGAUCAGAGUGGCAAGGUCGUGCAAAGCAGUACAGCUGCAAUGGCAGACCUGUUGAAACUCCAGCAGGUGGUUGGCAGUAAGCAGGAAGAGCUUGGUAGGCUGCAGGGGGAGGUGCUUGAGCUGGAGGCGUGUCUGUCAUCGUCACGGCAGCAAGUGAGGAGCCUCCAAGAGUUGAGUGACAGGCAGCAGGCGGAGCUCCGCCUGGCUCAGGAGGCCCACAUACACGUGCAGCGGAUGAAGGAGGAAGUGAGAAGUGUGAAUUUGAAUCUUCAGAAGAGCCAGUCAGACUGUAAGCACAUAGAGGAACAAUUACAGACGAGGAGCCGAGAGAUUGAGGAGCUGCGCAGCGGACAGAUCCAGUGUGAGCGCGAGCAGAGAACAGCACUGCAGAGGCUGUCCCAAGACCUGAGGGAGAAGGAGGCGAGCUGGUUGUCGUGCCAACAGAGAUGUGACGCGCUCCAGGAGCAGCUGUUGGCAUGGCAACGGAGGCAGGAGGAACUGACCCGCAGGCUACGGCGGGCGGAGGGCGAGAGCGCGACCCGGGGAGAAGCCCUGCAGCAAGCCGCUGACCGCACGGCUGCCAUGGAAACGCAGAGACAGGAGAUGAGCGAGGCCCAUGGUCGUGAGGUGCAGAGGCUGGAGGAGAGCUUCAGGAGGAUGCUGCAGGAGGCGGAGCAGGAGAGGACUCAGAUCCAGGCUGCUCUUGAGCAGCAGCGUGCCCAGGUGGGACUGCAGCUGAAGGAGAGGGAGGUUGAGCUGAGGAGGGAGGCAGCCAUGGACCUGGACAUCGAGAGACACAAGAACCAAGAGCUCCUCAGCAAGUACCAGCAGGAGAAGCAGCUGCUCCAGCUCAAGCUGCCUUCCCUGGUGCAGUCAGCGACUCAGGAGCUGCAGAGGGAGGUGGUGGCUCUGGAGGAGCGCUUAGAGGAGGCGCGCCUGCGGCUGGCUCAGCAGGAGCAUCGGAGGGAGGAGGAGGUGCAGUGUCUCCGGGAGGAGGCCCGUGCUCUGGAGAGGCAGCUAGCGCAGGAGAGGAGCGCUAGCCAGGCCGAGCUGCAGGGCGCGCAGCAGAGUCACCAGCAGAGGGCACUGCAGCUAGCCGAGGCCCUCCGAGAGCUGGAGCAGCUCAGGAGCCAUAGCGCCGCCCUGCAGGAGGAGACGGAGCUGUUGCAGGAGACAGUGCGGCGUGAGUGUGAGGAGAGGGAGGGGCUAACGGCAGAGCUCACCGAGGCCAGAGAGCAGCUCCUGCAGCUCAGGCGUCCCGCGCCGGACCCCUCGUCCUCGGCCCCCGACGUCCCCCAGAGGCCCUCCCCUCCCCGCUUGACCGCCACCUUCCCCUCCCCCAGGGGCCCGUGGGCGGGCAGCAGGGAGAGACGCAGCGCGGCCUCCUGGCAUGGGCCGUCCCAGUCCCACUCAACGCCCACUCUACCCAGGCUGACCGGCGAGAGACCCUCCAGCUCUGCCAGCGAAGCCCAUCGGCGCAUCGCACUGCUCAUGAGCAGGAACGGCCGAGUCUAACACACACACACACACACAGACACACACACACACCUGGGCUGCUCAUACAGCUGGAAAAGAGAGGAUGACAGACUAUCAAUAAUCAUCUAACUGACAUAGAUUUUGACAUGUACUUGCUCACUCUCAUUCUCUUGCUCUGUCACGCACACACACACACACACACACACACACAUGCACGCACGCACACACACACAGAGACACGCACACACGGAGACUCAGAGGCAGGAAAGAGCGAGCGUGACAACUCAUCUCUAGCCACCCACAGAUGUAAACACCCUUCUCCCAAGGCAUGCUCUCUCUCAUUCACACACACACACACACACACACACACUGACUCCCACAACACACAUUCACACGAACACAAGGUCUUUUUUACUCAGACGCACACGCUCUCCCCCACAGUCACACAAACACGCGGCCUUUCACAAGGUCCUCUUUCAUGCACGCACGCACACACACACACAGGCACACGCACGCACACAAACACAGUCAUUCACAAGGUCUGUCUCACGCACGCUCUCUCCCACUCCUCUCCCCUGUGUCUCUGGACUUGUUUUAUUCUGCUUUUGGUGCGUGAUUGACAUUACUCAUUCCCUGUAAGGUCUUUCCAUUCUCCUCCCUCCCCUUCUCUUUGCCCAUCCCUCCCUCCCUCCCUCCCUCUCUUUUGAUGAAUAGACUCGAGGAAAGCUUGGAAUCUGUAUGGUAUGGAAUAUUCUAAUUGCUUGGCAGAAGCAACACAUGGAACGUUUUUGGGUGUUUCUCCCCUCCUCUCUUAAAUGGGCGAGACACAGCCUCUUAAAGGGGGGGUGGGGGGGGGGGGGCCUAGCUCCUCCUCCGUCUUCCGUCUAACACAGAGCCCGGUUUCAGCCCCAGACACACAGCCAGAGCCCAGUGUAGACGUGAGCAGGCCACACGCUUAGAAUGACACCUUUCAAUCAUCAGGAUCUAGGAGCUGAUUGUUUGAUUGUUUUUUAUUUUAUUUUUUUUUCGUAGACGAUUUUAUAUGCAGGCCUGUAGAUGCUCUGUACCAUGUGCUCAAUGAGGAAAGACAAAUAGGAUUAUGUCAAUGUUUUUUUAGUUAUUAUUAUUUACAAGGAAGACUUUUCAAGUCAUUUUACGUAGCUAAAUAAAUCUUUUUCUCUAUA